CGUGGAGUGUCGCUAGUUGUAUCAACACUUGAUUUCUGUAUUUCUUAAUAGUUAUUAAAUGUAAUGACAUAAUUUGAUAGUGGCAGUCAUGAACGUUUUAGCUAGAAGUGUAGUUAACAUAACUCAAUCAUUCUUUAGAAAUUCUAUUAAAAACAAUAGACCACAAUUAUUAUCACUGUAUACAAACCCUAAUAUUCAAGCUGGAAGUUUGUUAAAUGCUGCGAAGUCUUGCAUUGGAAACUUAUUUCAAGGCUUCCAGCAGGCAAGAUUUGGAUCAACAUUGAAAAAAAUGCACUAUAACGGUGGGUCUUAUAAGAAGAAGAAGCCAAAAAAGAAACCCCUAGAAGGAAAACCAUUCGCGAAGGGCGUAGUUAUAAAGACAGUCAUCAGAAAACCAAAGAAACCGAAUUCUGCGAAUCGAAAGUGUGUCAUAGUUCGGCUCUCCACUGGCAAAGAAAUGACUGCUUACGUGCCUGGAAUCGGCCACAAUCUUCAAGAACACAACGUGGUACUCUGCAGAGUGGGAAAACUACAAGACACACCGGGUGUUCGGAUAAAAUGCGUUCGUGGAAAAUAUGAUUUGCCUCAUGUUAUGAAAAAAUCGUAAAGAUGUGUAUAAUUCGUUUUAUGAAAUAUAUUCUUCCCAGUAAUAUUU